AUGCCCCUGAGCCCUUGGCAAACAGCAGUAGAGGAGUAUGGGCCGUGCUACCACGCGCUGCUCCACUACCGCCUGGGCCGCCGGCUGCUGGAGCAGGUGCACGCGCCCUGGCUCUGGGACGACUGGGGCCCGGCCUGCGCCUCGGACGACUCGGCGUCGUCGGCGUCCUCGGGCGCCGGGGCCCCCGCGCCCCAGUGCGCCCCGGCCUCGCUGCCGCUGCCCGUGGAGUCGGCGGCGCUCGAGGAGCCGGAGCAGCGGGCACGCGCGGCCCCGGAGGAGGAGCGGGGCGCGGAGGCAGCGGGGGACGCGGAGGACUCGGCGCUGCCAGCACUGCCAGUGAAAGACAUAAAAGAAAAACCUGAACGACAGAUCAGGACCAGAGAGCCUGACAAAUUACCCAGCAGUACCGAACCUCAACAACCACCAAGUGCCUUACCUGCCAGAGGAAGUAGGAGAGCGGUCAAGAGUCCUCAAAGGUCAUCAACUAAAAUUAAAGAACAUAAGCAUCCGUUUGCCCUUUAUGGGUGGGGAGAAAAACAGACGGAUACAGGAAGCCAAAAAACUCACAACGUCUGUGCUUCUGCCUCAGUGCAUGAGAUCCAUGAAUCGGCGCUGCGAGCCAAGAGCAGGAGGCAGGUGGAGAAGAGGCGGCUGGCGGCGCAGAGGCAGCGGGCUCACUCCGCCGACGUGGACAGAACCAGGCGCGUCAAGCCUGCCUCGUCGGAGAACCCGUGGAUGACGGAGUAUAUGAGAUGCUACUCCGCCAGGGCUUGAGCGCAGGGACAGCUGCUCAGACGACCUCUUUUAAAAAGUGUAAAUGAAAGAGAGGAAAAAACAAAACAAAAACCAUCAAAAGAAGCUGGACACAGGUUUAAGAAACCAACUGAUUAUGCAAGAUUUUUCUUAGGGAGUUUCCAAAAGAUUGUCUCUUUUGAUGAAUCCUGGUCACCUACCUCAGCAGUA